CUGCACCUCAGCAUAAUCGAAUCCGGCCCUUGAGAAUUGUGCGUCAUCCAAAACAGCACUAGAGCGGCAGAUAUUCUAUCUCGGACUGUAAAAAAUUGGACCGCUAGACGCAUAUUGUGUUAACAUAGUGGUUCCAUUCCAUAGGCGACUAACCAAUCAAAGACCUUCGUGAGUGUUGAGCGAGAUGCGCGUAUUUACAGUAUUCUAAUAGCGUUGGCAUAAAACUAGUGUCGGACUAGUCGUGUAUCGGAAGGGCGAUGCCAGGGAUAACCAAGUAUAAUUUAGUGGAUGAUGCACAGGACUUGAGGAUCCCCAUGCACAACGAGGCGGCAUUUCAGCAUGGGGUCUGCUUUGAGGCAAAGUACAUUGGCAGUCUGGAAGUCGGUCGUCCAAAUAGCCGAAUGGAGAUAGUGGCUGCAAUGAGAAGGAUAAGGUAUGAAUUCAAAUUGAAGAACAUCAAGAAGAAGAAAGUCAACAUCAUCGUGUCUGCGGAUGGUGUAAGGGUGGUUUUGCGAAAAAAGAAAAAGAGGAAAGAGUGGUCUUGGGAUGACAAUACAGUCAUGAUAACACAAGAUCCCAUCUACAGGAUUUUCUAUGUGUCACAUGACGCCCAGGACUUGAAGAUCUUCAGUUACAUUGCAAGAGAUGGAAAGAGCAACAUGUUCCGUUGUAAUGUCUUCAAAUCCAAGAGGAAGUCCCAGGCCAUGCGCAUCGUGCGGACGGUGGGCCAGGCCUUUGACGUGUGCCACCAGCUGACCCUGCAGCAGACAGGGGAACAGAUCUCAGAGGAUGGAGGGGACACCAGCACUGCCGACGCAGAGGGGGCAGACGCCGUGCCAGCCAAGAAGAGGUUGGCAUUGUCUGAUUCCACUGACCUUGACGCCACUACAGAGGAGAGCAUCGACCGUUUGUCAUCCGACCAGGACAAGAGCCAGGACCUUCUCAGUAAAGAUGGGAAGGACCCAACCCAGCAGCUGACCUCAUCCAGGUCAGGGCCCCCUGUGUCAAGCUUGCUAGCUGUGGACUGCUCUGUGGCACACCAGGUGCAGCUUCUCCAGAGACAGCUCCAGCAGCAGGAGCAGCAGGCCCAGGCUGCUGCAGCACAGGUGCGCUUGCUACAGGACCAGCUGUCAGUGGAGGUGUGUGCCAGGACAGACGCCCAGGCCCGGGUUCAGAGACUCCUACUGCAGAACACUGAUCUACUGCAGCACAUCUCCCUACUGGUCAAUCAGAUCCAGGAGCUGGAGCUCAAAUCUGUUGCAGGACUCAGCUCCAUGGGCUCCCAAGACAGUCUGCUGGAGAUCACCUUCCGUGCCAAGCCCCCCUCCUUGCUACAUGACAUCACCACCACCACCCACACCUCCAUGGGCCCCCUGCAGGGUCAGCCCCAGAUAACCAAUGGCCCCUGGGCCUCCAUCCUACCAGGGGCCUCUCCUCCAGGGACCAGGGCCCCGGACAGCCACUCUCUGGGCCCGGGCGGAGUGAGGCUGGAGUGCUUCCGCUUCCCCCGCAGUGGGGGAGGGGACAACCACGAGAGCCAGAACCAGGAGGCCGAGAGUCCAUGCUCGGGCUGCCCAGGCGGGGAGUCCCCUCUGGUGGUUCUUGGAGCCCUGGAGCUCCUCCGUUUCCGGGAGUCGGGGAUAGGUUCGGAGUACGAGUCCAACGCAGAUGAGAGCAGUGACAGGGACAGCUGGGGGCGGGGUGAGGGGGCGCGGCCUGAGGGCGCGGCACUUCUGUUCAACGUAAUGAAUGCGGAGAGCCCCGCGGACUGUCUGGGUGAUGAGGUGGCCGUGUAGCCCUCCGCGGCUUCGACUUCACCCAAGAACGAAAUCAUAUCACACAGUCUACAGUUCUAUGGUGUUAACUGUUCACCACCCUCCUAACUCUGCUCUGCAGUCCUUUUGUUUGAUAUUUGUUUGUUUGUUUUGCAUUUUUUGUAUUUGUUGGAUAUUUUGUUUUUGUUUAUAUUUGGUCACGUUUGUCUGAUGUUUGUUUAUAUCUGUUGUAGUUAAUUACAUGUGUUUCUUGAAUGUGUUUACAUUUUUUCAUACAUUUUGUCUCAGCACUUGACUUGCUGCUGCUGUUCCUGCUCUCCUGGGCUUACUGCAGUGUAGCUGUAGUUUGUGUCACAGCUGUCUGAAUAUGUGGUUCUGGUCUGUGUUAUUGAAGCAUUGUGUAAUAGUGAAACACACCCAGCAUGGCCAGUCGUUGGCGCUGUUUUGUUUUUAUGGACAAAAAGACUUUGAAUGAGUUGAAAAUGAGUAAACGUCUAAUGUAAAGACUGCAAACUUCAAAAGCCCGCUGUACUAGUGCUGUAUUACAUGACUGGAUCUCAUUUGUGACUGACAAUUGAUUCAAGACCGUUUACAUUCAAGUUUUCCUCCACCGUGAUGCUCCAUGCAAUAAGUCCUCUUUCCCAAGACUUUGGUACGAUUCACUUUUGAGCCAACUCAAUAUCAUACACCCAAAAAGUUGUUUGUUUGUUUGGUGCAUUUGAAGAAAGAAAGAAAAUUAGUUGUCUUUUGUUAACCUUUCUGAUCUCCCCAUCCCGGAUCCGGGAUCGUGAAUACAGAC